AUGGUAGCGAGGGAGCAAGCCACGGAGGUGCAGGAAGGUGCUUGUAACGGGAUGACAGUGCAGGAAGGUGCUUGUAACGGGAUGACAGUGCGGGAAGGUGCUUGUAACGGGAUGACAGUGCAGGAAGGUGCUUGUAACGGGAUGACAGUGCAGGACGGUGCUUGUAACGGGAUGACAGUGCAGGAAGAUGCUUGUAACGGGCUGACAGUGCAGGACGGUGCUUUUAACGAGGUGACAGCUCAGGAAGGCAGUGCUAUUGCAAGCGGGGCAGGAGCAGAGGGCACAUUAUUCAGAGCGCUGGAGGCGGAGGAGGUGCGCAGGCAGGGUCACCGCAUGGUGGAGUUCAUUGCAGACUAUCUGCAGGGCGUGGGGGACAGACCCGUGUGCUCCACCGUGCAGCCCGGCUAUCUGCGGCCUCUGCUGCCCGCCCACGCCCCCGAGCAUGGCGAACCACUGGACGCCAUUCUCUCAGAUCAUGCGCGCUCCCUCUCGCCCCCAUCUGUGUUCCGUCGCCUUGGCCCCACCUGUAUCUCGCACCUCGCCAUCCUGCCGGGCCUGACGCACUGGCAGAGCCCGGCCUUCUUCACCUUCUUCUCCUCGCCCACCAGCGCCGCCGCCAUCUGUGCUGAUGCCCUCAUCAGCGCCCUCAACGUCGUCGGCUUCUCCUGGGCCGCUGCCCCUGCGGCGACUGAGCUGGAGGAGGUCGUCAUGGUCUGGAUGGUGGAGUUGCUAGGGCUUCCCGAUGGGUUCCACUCGGUUAAGUCAGGCGGGCAGGGAGGGGGGGUAAUUCACGGCACGGCCAGUGAGGCGCUGCUGGCCGCCAGGCGGAGAGUGCUGGACCGCGUGGUGGGGCAGGCUGGUAGUGUGGAGGAAGCGGCAGCAGAUUCAGCAGCAGCAGCAGCAGGCAGCAGGCAGGGUGCUCAGGAGGAGAAUCGGGCGGCAGAGGGGCGGCUGAUAGCACACCUUAACGAGGAGGAGAGCAGGCUUAUAUGGAGGAUAGUGUCAUCACGGAAUGGCAGGCAGGGGUGCAACGGGAGCGUGGGGGUGGCACAUGAGGAGUGGCCGGCGGACGCUGCAGGCGAUGGGGAUGGCGAUGGCAGUGGGGCUUGUGUUUUUGGUACCACCAGUAGCACUGGUGCAGGUGCUGGUCAGGCUGGCAGCACCAGUGGUGGGGCGGCUGCUGCCAGCAAGGCUGCUGCUGGUGCGUGUGAGCAGGGAGAGGCUGCCGGGGCCCCAUGGGGCAGUGCGGAGGACAGGGCAGCACAUUGUCUAGUGGCAUACGUGUCGGAUCAGACGCAUGCAUGUGCACUCAAAGCGUGCCGUGUGGCAGGCAUACCCGAGGGCAACGUGCGUGUGCUGCCCACCACCGCUGCAUCGGCUUAUGCCCUCACUGCUCGGCAGCUGUUGGAUGCGGUGCAGAGGGAUGAAGCUGCUGGCAUCAUUCCCUUCUUCCUCGUCCUCACUGUAAGUGGGAGGUGCCUCGUUCUCCUCUUCCUCGCUCUCAUUGUAAGUGGAAGCUGCAUCGGAACGUACCCUUUAUCCCCCCCUCGUCUUCCCUCCUCUGCAACCACGUGCACAGGCACAUGGCAUGUGGACGCAGCGUAUGCAGGCAUGGCAUGCAUGUGCGCUGAGAUGAGGCACCACCUGACAGGCGUGCACCUGGCCGACUCACUAGCGUCCAACGCCCACAAGUGGCUGCUCACCAGCUUCGACUGCUGCUGCAUGUGGAUGCAGGUACGUGCGGCCAGUGGGAGGGGAGGUGGGAAACCUGGUAGUGCCGGUGGGAGGGGUGGUGCGCUGCGAAGUGGCUGCAGACAGGAGGUUUGCAUGGUUGCGGUGGUGCUACUGGGACAGCAGGCCUCUGGUGAAAGCACUGUCCAUACUGCCGGAAUACCUGCGGAACAAGUCUUACUGCAGUAUGCCCUUAUCACAGCAUCAGAGAACCAUCACGUGGUUGACUACAAGGACUGGGAGAUCCCCAUUGGCCGCCGCUUCAGGUGUGCCCCUCCCCUCCCCUCAUGCACCUGCCCGCCACAGCUGCACGCAGUGGGUUUGUCACUGAAGCUGUGGAUGGUGCUGCGCACGUACGGGGCGGAUGGUAUUCGUGCAUACAUCAGGCGCCACGUGGCACUUGCUGAGUGGUUCGAGGAGGCUGUGCGGCAAGAUGAUCGGUUCCAACUGAUGGCUCCGCGCCCCUUCGCGCUCGUCUGCUUUCGCCUCAAGCCGCCCGCAGCUCGGACACACAGCGGGGUGCCGUGUGGAGGGGGGGACGAGGGGGUGAUGGGCGAUGGCAGUGAGGAUGCAGGGAGGAAGGUGAACGCGGCGCUACUAGAGGCGAUAAACAGCAGCGGGCAGGCGUACCUCACACACACUGUGCUAUCGGGGCAGUACACACUGCGCAUGGCAAUAAGGGCGGUGAAGACAGAGAUGGCGCAUGUGCAGGCGGCGUGGAGGCUCAUCCAAACGAAAGCUUCUGAGUUGCUGGAGGAGGUCAAAUUUACUAGAAAAAAACAAAACAAACCUGCUACAGUAAGAGAUGCCACAGCAGGGUAA